UAACAAAAAGAGAGAGAGAGAGUCGGGUUGGCGCUUGAUAUCGGCCCGAAUCGCGCGAACCGAUAAGCAACAUUCGCAGCGACAGCAGCGGCGGGCAACGUCAGCGCUCAAUCAGUUAACGAGCGAGCGGGCGCUCGUACGAACGGCACACCAAAACCACCACCAACAAAAAACACAAAAACUGAAGAGCUGGAGCCCACGAUAGCCGUCCGCUGUCGCUGCUGGGUCGUUCGAUUAGCGACGUGGUGAGCUUAUGUACAUAUGUAAGCGUUAUUUAUGUACAGAAACAGAGACAGAAAUUCGUGCAAAAUUCGUGAGAUCUGCUAAAAUGCCAGCAGCCACAGAGACAGCGUAAGAGACAAAAGCCAUGGCUCAGCUCGAGAAUGUGGGCCAAGGUCAGCAUGCCGUUAUCGGGCCACUGCUCGCCUCCGCCAUGCUGCUUGUGGGCCUGCUCUUCGCGCUGCUCGGCAUUAAGCUGUGGGGCUUUCGGCGUCGCCUGACCUUCGAUCGCAGCGGCGGCUCAACCAGAUCAUCAGGGACACAGCCACAACAGCCGCCGCCACGAUAUGCAGCCCAGGAGUCACAGGUAAACGGCACAGACAAUGCAGUCCACGGUGUGUUCCGGCAGCGCAAUCUCGAGGAAUUCGAAAGCUCAUGGCCUUCAACGACUGCCUCAGCGGGCAACAGCUACCUGACGGGCAGUGUGCCAAACCUUCGCAUGUACUCCCCAGCUCCAGUCACGCCCCAGGAGCGCAGCUUGGGAGCGGCCAGCGAGGUGUCGCAUCGAGCACCACCACAAGCGCAGCGCCGUCACCGCAGGGAGGUGAUCAGCGCCCACUCUGAUAGCUAUGCAGCGCCACCCACUCGCACGCCACCGCCUCCACCCACUCGCAUGCCUCCCGCUCCACCCACACAGACGCUGCCAGCUGCCAGCGAAGGGUUGCCAGCGAGAGAUCUUUCAGUCGCUGUGGUUCCUGAGCCGCCCAGCGAACUGGGAAUGCCCAACUUUGAUCACUUUGCGGAAAAGUACGCACUCAUAAGCGUGCAGCCAACGCCAGAAGCCGCCAAGACAACGCAGCUGAGGAGCAAGGACAGUGGGCGUUAUGUCAAGUUCGAUCCCGUCGAUGAUGUGCCAGAGCUGCUGACACCCGACGAUGACCCAGGCGGCAACUCCUCUCUCUCUGUGACGGCUGUGGUGCAUCGCGGUGCUCCAUCCAACGAUGAGCAGGAGUCAGAAGUGGCUUCCAGUAGUCAGGGAGCCGGGGAACAGUCCGCGGACUCGGCUUUCGUUGUGGCAGUCUUAGCCGGCAGUCCGGAGGCCACAACGCCACCCCAGGCACCGCUUUCACGUAAUCUUUUCGACGAUUUGGAGCUGCCGAAUGGCGAACAGGAUCCGGAGUUUGUGCGCAUUCGUUCCUCGUUUGUGAUGAACGAGGCAGACAUCUUGGACUUGGAUCCACGGCAGCUGCCUGCGGCUGGCAGUCCGCCUGGCUUUGGCAAGAGCAUCGACGAGGACUGGGAGAACUGGGAGAACCUCGACGCUGUCGCUGCAAUGCCCGAGCCCAACUGGGCGCUGCAUCCCAGCGCCCUGGAGCAAGUGCCGCCAGUGGAGACCACACUCAGCGAAGCCACUCUUGAGCUGGACAACGUGGAGCAGCUGCCACCAGUGGAGACUACUCUGAGUGAAGCAACUCUGUCGCUGAACAACGUCGAGCAGGUGGAGGGACUAUUCCAUGAGCUAGAGCUAAUGGAGCCAGCUACGGAAAGGCAGCCAGAAUCCCCACCAGCGCUGCCACCGCCCUACGACCCUGGCACACUCCUUCUGCCUGACUACGAGUCCCUCAUGCAGCUGGAGAGCACGCGGGGCAGCCAAACCCUGCCCAAAUACAAUGAAGUCGUGAGCCACGAUCGAUUUGUGAGCAGCAUAGAGGAUUUGUAUGCCGAACUGGAACCGAAUGGAGCUUCAGGGACGAACGUUGCUGCAGCGCCAACAAAUGGAAUUGACAAUUUCGAGGAUCUGUGCCAGGAAUUGGCUGUGGAGGAGGCACCACGAGCAGUUCCCCAGCCUGCUCCGCGCUCCACCAAAACCAGCACAUUGAAUGUACGUGGCGAUGCGGCUCCCUUGGCUUGCUACCAACCCGAAGAGCUGCCCGGCUCCAGUUCCAGCGAGGGCGAGACACCGAAGCCGGCACAGCGCAAUCCACGUGCGCUCAAGGUACGCUUCGAUGUGGACAACUUGCAGUACUACCAGUCCGCCGAAUUGGUUACAUCCUCGAGUGCAGAGUCUGAGGAGGAUAAUCCUCCACCUCCGCCACCUCGACCCACGCUGCGCUCAACCAUAUUCGAACCGGAGUCUGGGCAGAGCACUGUGCCCAGCCUGUUCGGUGCUCAGGUAACGCAGAGCGACAGCAGCGACGACGAUGACGCCUUCAGCCGUGCCAUCAGCCAGCAUCGCACCAUGACAGCAGCACUACGCACAAUGCACAACGAUACGGAUGCCUAGGAUCCCCGAUCUCUAGCUGCCCGUCUAUUUCCUUAGCAAAUACAGUAUUUUUAUGUGUAAAUGAUUGCCUGCUGGCCCUGGCUCUAGCUCUGGCUCUGGCUAUGAUCCAAUUACGAGUACGAGUACGAUUAUGUACAAUACAUUUCAAAGAUAAGUUGCCAUAUAAUGUUGACUCCACGAGUAUAU